AUGAUAGUGCUCGUGUUCGUGGGUGUGUUUGCCCUGGUGUACUACAUCAGCUUUAGGCGAUCGCGGAAAAGGCUCUACGAGCUAGCCGAACGGAUGCCGGGCCCGUUCGAUUAUCCCCUGAUCGGCAGUAUCCUGCUCACGAUCGGGAAGGAUCCACUGGAGCUGGUGUCACAUCUAAUGCAACUGAUGCACCACCUGCCAUCGCCAAUGCGCGCCUGGCUUGGUCCAUUCCUGCUGAUCGUGAUCGAUCGACCAGAAAUGGUGCAGGACAUUCUCAGCUCGCAGGACUGCGUCCAGAAGCCGUUCAUGUAUGACUUCUUCCGGCUCGGCAAGGGACUGUUCGGGGCACCGGCGGACAUCUGGCGGAGACACCGCAAACUACUCAACACGUCCUUCGCGCCAACAGUGCUGAAAAGUUUUGUGCCAACGCUCAACGCAAAAGCGGAACAGUUUGGCCGUGAGCUGAGGGCUAAGGUGUCUAGUGAGUGUUUCGAUGUGCAUAGCCUCCUGACACGGUACACACUGAUAACCAUAUCGUCGACGACGCUGGGUGCUGAUCUGAGCGUGGAAAAGCAGGAAGUGCUCGAGGAAUACACCAGCAGUGCCAUACAGAUGUUUACGAGCAACUUUGAGCGUAUCUACAAGGCCUGGUUGCAUCCCGAAUUCAUUUACCAGUUAACGGCGGCGUUCAAAGAGGAAAAGCUUCGCAUGAAAAUCUUCAAGCAAAUGUCACAGAGGAUAAUAAACAUGCGCCAAUCGAUCUUAGCGCAAGGUAAAAGCAAAGCCGAUCCACAAGACUCGGAGCCAGAGGAUAAGCAGGAGUUCCCGAGGGCGAAAAACUUCAUCGAACGGCUGGAGGAGAUUUCCCGCGAUCCAGCAAACGGUAUCGAUGAGGACGGCUUUCAGCAGCACAUCGACACGCUGAUGUUCGGUGGCAACGACACCUCGGCACAAACACUCGCGAACACGCUGCUCACGUUGGGCAUGUACCCCGAGAUGCAAGAGAAGGUUUACCAGGAAGUCAUGGAGGUUGUGCCUACUGGCGACGUUACCUACGAAGAUCUCUCGAAGCUCACCUACAUGGAAAUGUUCAUGAAGGAAACGCUGCGGUUACUGCCAAUCACGGGCCUGAUCGCCCGAGUUCCAACGAAGGAAGUCCAGGCCAAGGACUACACCAUCCCCGAGGGUGCUAUCGUGUUGAUCCCGUUCCUGAAGAUGCACCGUGACAAAGCGAUCUGGGGACCGGACGCUGAGACGUUCAACCCGGACAACUUCCUGCCGGAACGAUGCGCCCAACGACACCCGUACGCGUUCAUUCCCUUCAGUCAAGGACCUCGGAACUGUAUCGGAAUGAAAUACGGAUGGAUCUCGAUGAAGAUACUGCUCUGCCACGUGAUCCGCCAGUACCGCAUAGCGACCGAUAUUAAGUUAAGCGACAUUCAGCUCUCCCUGUCGUUGGUGAUGAAGCUGAACACGAAGCACCUUAUCCGUUUGGAAGGGCGCAGUGAUGUCCGUUGAAAAAUGUUGUUAUAGUUUUACAAAUAAAAAAAGAGCUUAUCCUC